CCUGUGUACAGUACCUACAUCGAUGCAGGGUCGGCCUGGGCGCCCACCUAUAGGUAGGUAUGUACGUACCGUAGGUACUUACUUACGUAGAAGGUUGCAGCAAUAAUCUGGGGCCCCUCGGCAUUCUUGCCAGCUUAUUCCCAAGCUGCCUCGGCUGAAUGGUCGGAGGUCAAAAGCGGCACAUUGGCACGUCCGUAAUGACCACAUGUUUACAACCCCCGAUUGACAAGCUCUUUAUUGCCUGCGACUACUACUACCCGAGUCCCGCCUCUCGUGAUAGCUCCUCCUGUCGUGUCCUAGGAGCCUCCCCGAUCAUCAACCAGAGAGAUCUCCUAUACAUUGCCCUUACCCGCUCUCUCUUCUCCCGUCCCUUUCCUUUUCCUUGCUCCACCCAUCCUCUCCUUAAUACCUCCGUCGCCGACACCAGAUCGUCCGCAUCAUGUCAGCGGAAUUGCGCUUUGACGACCAAGUCGUCGUCGUCACCGGUGCCGGUGGCGGCCUGGGUAAGGCCUAUGCCACCUUUUUCGCUUCGAGAGGAGCUAAGGUGGUCGUCAACGACCUGGGCGGAUCAUUUAAGGGCGAAGGCCAGUCGAGCAAGGCCGCCGAUGUAGUGGUCGACGAGAUCAAGGCCGCUGGCGGCACAGCCGUCGCCAACUACGAUAGCGUCGAGCAUGGCGAGAAGAUCAUUGAGACCGCCAUCAAGGCAUUCGGCCGAGUUGACGUCCUCCUCAACAACGCUGGCAUUCUCCGGGAUAUCAGUUUCAAGAACAUGACGGAUCAGGACUGGGACCUGGUCAUGAAGGUACACGUCAAGGGUACCUACAAGUGCGCUCGCGCAGCCUGGCCAUACUUCCGUAAGCAGAAGUACGGUCGUGUCAUCAACACCGCGUCGGCCGCCGGCUUGUUCGGCAGCUUCGGCCAGGCCAACUAUUCUGCAGCAAAGCUCGCCAUGGUCGGGUUUACCGAGACCCUCGCUAAGGAGGGCAUCAAGUACAAUAUCAUCUCCAACGCCAUUGCUCCUAUCGCUGCGAGCCGCAUGACCGAAACCGUCAUGCCUCCGGACGUCCUGGAAAACCUAAGGCCCGAAUGGGUGGUCCCGCUUGUUGCCGUUCUAGUGCACAAGUCCAAUACCAAAGAGACCGGUGGCAUUUUCGAAGUCGGUGGCGGCCAUGUCGCUAAGAUCAGGUGGGAAAGAUCGAGCGGUCUUCUCCUCAAGGCGGACGAUACCUACACGCCGGGCGCUAUCCUCAAGAAAUGGGACAAGGUUGUCGAUUUCUCGAACCCUCAGUACCCCACUGGUACUAACGACUUCCUCGGUCUUCUUGAGGAAUCCUUGAAGCUGGGCCCGAAUGACCAGGGGGAGAAGCUAGAUUUUACUGGUCGAGUUGCCCUAGUUACGGGUGGCGGCGCCGGCAUUGGCCGAGCCUAUUGUCUUGCAUUCGCUAAGCAUGGUGCAUCGGUUGUCGUUAACGACUUGGUCAAUCCUGAUGAUGUUGUGAAUGAGAUCAAGAAGCUUGGUGGCAAGGCUGCUGGUGUCAAGGCAUCCUCCGAAGAAGGCGAGAAGGUCGUAAAAGCCGCCGUCGACGCUUUUGGCCGUCUCGACAUCAUCGUAAACAAUGCUGGUAUCCUUCGGGACAAGGCUUUUAGCAAUAUGGACGACAGCCUUUGGGACCCCGUGCUAAACGUGCAUCUGCGAAGCACGUAUAAGAUUACCAAAGCUGCCUGGCCCAUCCUCUUGAAGCAGAAGUACGGACGUAUCAUCAAUACCACCUCAACCAGCGGCAUCUACGGCAACUUCGGUCAGGCUAACUAUGCAGCGGCGAAAGCUGGUAUUCUCGGCUUCUCACGCACGGUUGCCCUCGAAGGUGCCAAGUACAACAUCUACUGCAACACAAUUGCCCCUAACGCAGGAACGGCCAUGACGCGCACCAUUCUACCCGAGGAGCUAGUGCAGGCCUUCAAGCCCGACUAUAUCGCCCCUCUUGUCCUUGCCCUUAGCAGCGACAAAGUUCCCAAGAACCCCACGGGCUACUUAUACGAGGUUGGCAGCGGUUGGUGCGGCCGGACAAGGUGGCAGCGCUCUGGUGGUGUUGGUUUCCCUGUGGAUGUGAAGCUGGUCCCCGAAGAGGUCGCCAAGAACUGGAGCAAGAUCGUCGACUUCGACGACGGUCGAGCAGACCACCCGGAGAAAGCCCAGGAUUCGGUUGCAAAGGUCAUGGAGAAUAUAAGCAACAAACGAGGGGCAUCCAAGAAGGUGGCCGGGGGCAACCAAUAUCUUGAGGCCCAGAAGAAAGCUCUAGCUGCCGAGUCGCCAGCGACCGAGUUCGCCUACACGGAUCGUGAUAGUAUGCUAUACAACCUUGGUGUUGGUGCCAAGAGAACCGAGCUAGCUUAUGUGUUCGAGGGUGCCGAGGACUUCCAGGUUCUGCCGACCUUCGGCGUGAUUCCCCAGUUCGACGCCGCCAUGCCCUUCAACUUUGACGAGGUUGUGCCCAAUUUCUCGCCUAUGAUGCUUCUGCAUGGCGAACAGUACCUCGAAAUUAAGAAAUACCCGAUUCCGACGGCAGCCAAGACGCGCAACUUGGCGAAGCUAAUCGAGGUGGUGGAUAAGGGCAACGCGGCAGUGCUGAAGAGCGGCGUGACAACAGUCAACGCCGAGACUGGCGAGGAGCUAUUCUAUAACGAAGCGACCGUAUUCCUGCGGGGCUGUGGAGGCUUUGGUGGCCAAAAGAAACCCGCAGAUCGCGGCGCCGCGACAGCUGCGAACGCGCCGCCUAAGAGGCACCCUGAUGUUGUCGUUGAGAGCCCCACGACCGAAGAGCAGGCUGCUGUCUACCGGCUCAGUGGAGACUACAACCCCCUGCACAUUGACCCCAACUUCGCUAAGAUGGGGGGUUUCAAGGUACCAAUCUUGCACGGGCUAUGCUUUAUGGGUAUCGCGUCCAAAGCCGUAUACGAGAAAUUUGGGCCGUUCAAGAAUAUCAAGGUGCGUUUCUCCGGCACGGUACUGCCCGGACAGACCAUCGUCACGGAGAUGUGGAAGGAGGGCAACGGCAAAAAGGUCAUCUUCCAGUCCAAGGUGAAGGAGACCGGAAAACUCGCCAUCUCGGGCGCAGCCGCGGAGCUCGUUGACAAGGAUGCCGAAGGGCAGAAUAGCAAGUUAUGAGAUAUGGAUAUGUACGUGUGCGGACUACGGGACGGCUUGAAACGAUGUAAAGGGCAUGCUUAUUCUGCAUAGGAGUUGAAAGUGGUAGUCUUCCCUUCCCCCUCGCUUUUGAAUAAUAUUUGUACCUAUAUAUUGGCUGUUUUACCUAUUUGAGAAUCCAGUGUAGAUGGAGCCCGGCCCCUUUUUAUGCCUGCGAGUAGUAGCCUUCCAAGUCGAUAUAUAAUUUUGGAUACUGUUUAGGAAC